AUGUCAAAUAAACAACCAUUAGAUGACCGUAGCCAAAGAAUAGUUUGGGUGGAUUUAGAAAUGACAGGUUUGGAUAUUACCAAAGAUUGUAUAUUGGAAAUGGCUUGUAUUAUUACUGAUUCAGAAUUAAAUAUUAUUGAGAAAGGACCAGAACUCGUAAUUCACAGAUCUAAUGAGGUUUUAGAAUCAAUGAAUUCAUGGUGCAUUGAUCAUCAUGGUAAAUCAGGUUUAACAGAUAGAGUCAAAAACUCAAAAAUAACAAUUGAAGAAGCACAAUUGGAAAUGUUUAAUUUUAUUGAAAAACAUGUUGGUAAAGAGCAGGCACCAUUGGCAGGUAAUUCAGUUUAUCAAGAUAGAAAAUUCUUAGAGAAGGAGAUGCCAUUAUUUAACAACCAUUUACACUACAGAAUUAUAGAUGUAUCUUCCAUUAAGGAAUUGGCAAGAAGAUGGUACCCCACAGAAUUAAAAAAAGCACCUAAAAAAGAAGGUAGUCAUCGUGCUUUAAAAGAUAUCGAAGAAAGUAUUGAAGAGUUAAAAUUUUAUCGUACUGCCUUCUUUAAAUAAAUAAAAAAUAAACAUAAAACAUAACAAUUAUUAUUUUUUUUUUUGUAGUUUUUUAAUUUC